CUGCUUGUUUUCCUGUUCCACUGGCAGUGUGGGCUUUCACCAGCCAGCGAGCGACAGCGUCCCCACCGCGAACGUCUCUGCGUUUUAACGAGACGCAAUGAACUCUCUGAACCAGCAGUACGAGGAGAAGGUGCGUCCCUGCAUCGACCUGAUCGACUCCCUGCGCUCUCUGGGGGUGGAGAAGGACCUGGCGCUGCCUGCCAUAGCCGUGAUAGGGGACCAGAGCUCCGGGAAGAGUUCGGUGCUGGAGGCGCUGUCCGGGGUGGCGCUGCCGAGAGGAAGCGGCAUUGUUACAAGAUGUCCUCUCGAGCUGAAGAUGAAGAAAAGGAAAGAAGGUCAGGACUGGCAUGGAAAGAUCAGUUACCAAGAACACACGGAGGAGAUAAAUAAUCCCGCAACUGUGGAGAAAAUAAUUAAAAUAGCACAGAACAAAAUAGCUGGAAAGGGUAGUGGGAUCAGCGAGGAACUCAUUACUCUGGAAAUCUCCUCCCCGAAUGUUCCCGACCUGACUCUCAUCGAUCUGCCUGGCAUUGCCAGGGUGGCUGUGGCAGGACAGCACGAGAGAAUCGGUGAUCAGAUAAAGAGACUCAUCGAGAAGUACAUCAAAAAACAGGAGACCAUCGGUCUGGUGGUGGUUCCAUCCAAUGUGGACAUAGCGACCACCGAGGCUUUGCACAUGGCUAAACAGGUUGAUCCCUUUGGAGAGAGGACUCUGGGUAUCCUGACGAAACCUGACCUGGUGGACAAAGGCACAGAGGAGACAGUGGUGAAAACAGUCCGCAAUCAAGUCAUCCCUCUGAAGAAGGGCUACAUGAUCGUCAAAUGCAGGGGCCAGAAGGAGAUUUUAGAGAAACUGUCUCUUGCCGAAGCAAUCGAGAGAGAGAACGCCUUCUUUAACGAUCAUUCGCAUUUCCAGACUCUGUUAUACGAUGGUCUGGCCACCAUCCCAAAACUAGCAGAGAAACUCACACUGGAGCUUGUGAAUCACAUCCAGAGAUCUCUACCUGAACUGGAAAAGCAGAUGGAGACUAAACUUAAAGAGACUCAGGCAAAGUUGGACAAAAUGGGCUGUGGACCACCGACUGAUUGCACUGAGAGACUUGGUUUUCUUAUCGAUAGGGUGACGGCAUUCACACAGGAUGCCAUUUACCUCAGCAAAGGGGAGGACAUAAAAUGCGGAUACAAGUCCAAGAUCUUCUCCAUACUCAGACAACAGUUUGCUGUUUGGAAAACAAUUAUUGAUAACUCCGGAACAACAUUCAACUGGAAUAUUCAGAAGGAGGUAGCUCAGUACGAACGCAAGUACCGCGGGAAAGAGCUCCCAGGCUUCAUCAACUACAAGACGUUUGAGGCCAUGGUGAAGGAGCAGAUCAAGGAGCUGGAGGAGCCUGCAAUCACAAAACUCAAGGAGGUGACAGAACUUGUGAAGAAAGAGCUGUUUGGAUUGGCCCAGAGGAGCUUGGUUGGCCUGCCUAACCUUAUCAGAACUGCUAAGAUGAAGAUCGAAGCCAUCGCCAACGACAGGGAAGCCUUGGCGGAGUCCAUGCUGCGGACCCAAUUUAAGAUGGAGCUGAUUGUCUACACUCAAGACUGCAGAUACAGCAAGAAGUUGGGGAAGAGGAAGAGAGAAGAAAGCCCCAUCAAUAAUGAAAUCGGAGCCAACCUGAAGGAGAUGAUGAGACAUCUGAAAUCUUACUACCAAAUUGCCGGUCAGCGUCUGGCCGACCAGAUCCCCCUGGUGAUCCAGUACCAGAUGCUGCAGGAGUCUGCCGUUCAGCUGCAGAGAGACAUGCUGCAGAUGCUUCAAGACAGGGAGAAGAUGGAGCUGCUGCUCCAGGAGGACGGAGGCAUAAAAGACCACAGAAUCCUCCUGCACAACUCCAUCAAGCGUCUCUCCAAGGCACGCAUCCUGCUCAGUGAAUUCAGCAUGAACAUAUACGACUUCAGCACAACAGAAGCUUAGUGUGUUGCGUGAAAUCGAAAAACGUUAGUUUUUGAACAGCUAGGGAAAGUUUUGCACCGUAGUCCUAUGUUCUUGGCUUUACUUUUGCGAGGUUUUUCUGCGUGGUUUAUUUUCUGUAAAUAGAACUAAUAGAAAUGUCCACACUUUCAAAAAGAGGUUUUUGUCAUUUAAAAUCUUUGCUAUAGAUCUAAAUCUUUUGCUUUGAUUGUUAAGCAGAAGAAAACAUAAUGAAGCUGCUUCACUUUGAAAUGUAGACUUAAAUAUGGAGACUUAAAAUCACUUAUGUAAGCCUUUUGUUCUGGCGAAAUAAUAAA